AUUCCGUCCGCGCGUCAACAGCAACAGCUAGGAUGUUGCGAUAUCGCUGGCAGCCAAAGAUUGCUGUGGUUGCAGAGAUUAGGCUGCUGGGUUGAAACCUCAGCCUAAUGUUUUGGUAGAUUAGAUGUCAAAUUCUGUUGCUUCAGAUACAGUUGCAACAGACAGGAGGCUUUAGUUUCCUGCAGACUCUGCGCUUGUUUGUGUUGAUGAAAGGCUGCAUCGCGCUAAUGCGUUAGCUUACAAAAAUCACAGUUUUGAUCUAAAUGGGAGCAAUUAAAUAGCUAGACGGGCGGCUAUGUGCCAUCUAACGGUUUCCCGACUUGACUGAGGAUGGAAACAUUUUUUCGGGUAACGCUAUCACGCAAGUUACACGUCGGAAACAUCGCACUCGGAGACAUUAUCUUCAGAGGAUAACCUGGAUAACCUUACACGAAAUGUCAUAGCGCGUAAGUAGCUAGCACUUAGCUAGCUGGGUAAUGGCUGGACGAGAUGGAGAAAGACCUAAUGUUAUCAGCAGCAGCAGCCGACCAUGAACAGCUGGAUGGAUAGCUAAAGAAAUACUUUCUCCGGAGAUGCUUUAGCCUCCUGGGUGGUGUAAUUCACUUACAUAACAGCUAGUCGCAACCGCUCUAGCUAUCACCAACUGGCUUGUGUUGGCCAGCAAAUGGGAAAUUUGCCACCAAAAAUCUGGGUUGUCUCAACAUCAUAAGUGACAAAGGCAUCACUGCAUGUUUUGAGGCUGCAAAUAGACUCGCUUGAAGCGUCGGAUUCGUUACAAUCUGACCUGCAUUAUCUGUCAGUGCAAUAAUUCAGUGCACAGGAAACAAGCACUGCAUCUGAUUGAAGACGCAGAUACUCCUCCUGUCAUUUCGGCAACAUGAGGAAGUUCUUUGAUUCCCGUCGGGAGUUGGUGAGCUCCGGGCCUGGUUCUGGAGGAGGAGGUGGCAGCUCCGGGUCCAGUCAUGCAGGCGGAAAUUUCAUUGGCAGAGCCUUCACUGUCGGGCGGCACCAAGUCACUGUUGAGGAGAUAAUUGCUGAAGGUGGCUUUGCAAUCGUGUUCCUCGUGCGAACAAAUCAAGGGGUGCGCUGCGCCCUGAAGAGGAUGUAUGUCAACAAUGAGCAUGAUCUGCAAGUGUGCAAAUGCGAGAUUCAGAUAAUGAAAGACCUUGUCGGUCACAAGAAUAUAGUUGGUUACCUGGACUCCAGUAUUACGGCUAUGGGGUCGAGGGACGUAUGGGAGGUUUUCAUACUUAUGGACUACUGCAAGGGGGGGCAGGUGGUUAAUUUGAUGAACCAGAGGCUGCAGACCGGCUUCACUGAGGCUGAGGUGCUGCAGAUCUUCUGUGACACCUGCGAUGCCGUUUCUCGUCUGCACCAGCGCAAGACACCCAUCAUCCACAGGGACCUUAAGGUGGAGAACAUCCUCCUGCAUGACAAGGGUCAUUAUGUGCUGUGUGACUUUGGCAGCGCCACUAACAAGUUCCAGAGCCCACAGACUGAAGGAGUAGCCACCGUAGAGGAAGAGAUCAAAAAGUACACCACUUUAUCAUAUCGUGCCCCAGAGAUGGUGAACCUCUACAAUAAUAAGAUUAUCACCACAAAAGCAGAUGUCUGGGCGCUGGGCUGUUUGCUGUACAAAUUGUGUUUCUUCACUCUGCCCUUUGGUGAAAGCCAGGUGGCCAUCUGUGACGGCAGUUUCACCAUUCCUGACAACUCACGCUACUCUUAUGAUCUUCACUGCCUCAUUCGGUACAUGCUGGAGCCAGACCCAGACAAAAGACCAGAUAUCUACCAGGUUUCCUUCUUGGCUUUUAAACUAGCUCAGCGGACCUGCCCUGUUCAGAAUGUGAAGAAUUCUCCAAUUCCUACUAAACUUCCCGAGCCAAUCAAAGCGAGUGAGGCUGCAGCAGCAAAGAAGAGCCAGGCUAAACCCAGACUGACGGAUCCAAUUCCCACCACUGAAACCUCCAUAACCCCUCGCCAGAGGCCCAAAGCAGCCCAUACACAGCCUGCGGCUGGCAUCCUACCCAUCCAGCCUGCUGCUCUCACCCCUCGCAAGCGGGCUAAUCUCCCUGGUGGUGCAGCUCAGCCUGUGGGAGUCAGCUUAAACCUCUCUCAGCCAGCUGCAGCUCUGCAGUCACAGAAGGCACAGACUUCAGCUCUGCCACUCAUCCAGUCACAAAACAAUUCAAGUCAGGCUGUGGCUCCUCAGAAGCAGCCGGUGCAGCCAGCUGCAGAGACGACAACAACAGCGGCAGUCGUGUCACCAGUGACCAAAGCUGAAGUCCAACCACAAGCACAGCCGGCCGUUCAGCAGCAGACCACGCCUCCCGCCGCGGCCAGCGCCGCCUCCCAGCAGGCAGCUCAGACUCCGUCGAGCCCCGCCCCGCCUCAACGCCCGGCCAGACGCAAGCAGGCUCCGCAGCCGGCGGCUCAGCCUUCACCCAGCAAACCGGCCUCCGCUCAGCCGCCCGGGCCUCAACAGGCGCAGCAGGUAGCUCAGCCACAAGCUGCCCAGGCUCAGCCCGCCGCCGCUGAGAUCAGCCAAAAAGCAGCUGAGACGACUCCACCUGCUUCUCCAAAGACAAGUGAAGAACGAGGCCACCAACGCACGCCGAGUGACGCCGCAGCGAGCAUCGUUGCUGGAGGUUCAGUGAGCGACUUCUCACAGCCGCCACAAGGAGCAAACGGGGAAGCUGCCCUCAACCAAUCACUUACAUCUGAAUCAAGCGGCGUCCAGCUUGUUGAGCUCGGUGCUGGUGAUGCAGGCCAGGACCAAAACAAAGCUGGACCCACUGAUGCCACCAACACCCCCACACAGCCUGCAUGGAAUCCGUUUGACGAUGACAACUUUUCCAACCUCACUGCAGAGGAAUUCAAAUCUGAAGACAAACAGCCUCCUGACCUAACUUCAGAAGUUGAGGCAUCUUCUGCUGCCGAGGAGUUGAUACCAGGCCUGCAGACCUCAGCUACUGAUAAUCCAACCCAAGACACCAUUGAAAGACCAUCAUCCAUUGAUGUGGAUUCAGUAGCCUCACUGUUGGUGGUCCCGGAUCCGUUCGGUAUCCUCGAGCUUUCAGAUGCACCAGAGAAGCUGAUUGAAGGACUGAAAUCUCCAGACACUUCUUCGCUCAUGCUUCCUGACCUCUUGUCAUUGGCGGAUCCCUUCGGCGGCUCUGUGGAAGAAUCUGCAAAAGACCCCCUCACCACAGACGACUCUCUCCUGGGCUGCUCUCUGAUCUCCGGCCCGUCGGCCCCUCCUGCAGCGAGCAGCGCCACCUCCUCCGUCUCUUCUGCUCCCACCUCUGCUGCCUCCGCUUUGGAUGAUUUCAGUCUGUUGUCUGGGGACUCCGCACAGCCUGUAGCAGACUCUUCUCUCCUGAUCUCAGACUUCGAACCCCAGCAGGCCACUGCAGAGGCCGGCACAGAGGAGGACGAGUUUGAUCCUAUCCCCGUCACCGGCCGAAAGAACUCCCAAGUUUCAGGAGGCCACUCGCGCAGUAACAGUGGCGGCUCUGAAUCCAGCCUGCCCAGCUUGGCCCGCUCCCUGCUGCUGGUGGACCAGCUCAUCGACUUGUAGGCGGCUUCCCCCCCAGUAGAAGCUGUAACACUGGAUUAUAGAAUGGCAUAGCAUAACGGCAAUCAACACUGUUGUCAUAGCUAGCUUCCUGCACCCCCUCCGCCUGUCAUCUCCAUUCUAGCUCCUACAGUAGAAACGCCUCUCAGUGCUUCUUCACACCUGCCCUCUCCGCCGCAUCACUCGCAUUAUCUGGCUUCUCUUCACCUCUCAUCUCUCACCCUCUCACUCACAUUUUCUCUUUGUUGUAGUCUCUACACUCCACGUAUCACCUAUUGGUUUAAAGAGUGGCCAGAACACUAACAUCAUCCUUUCUAACCAUUACAUCUCUCUGUCAAUCAGGAUAUAUUAUUGCUAUCCAGUUUGUUUGAGCAAUAUUGCAUUAUGUCUAAUAGCAAACAAUAGAAGAUCAUUGUUGUAAUGUACAAUAGGCAUAGUUAUAAGUGGUUGUAGUUAUUAUCGUGCACAAGUGAAAUUGUCGUUGUUUGCCUUUUUUAAAUUCUCCUCCCCAGAUUUAUUUGCACAUUUUAAAGUUAGAACCCAUGGGAAAGUGAAUGGCCGUUCGUUCCAAUGAAGUCAGUUUAUUUCUUCUAUAAAAGGGAAACUUGUAGCCUGAUUUGCACAGUAGCAUAGAUGUUACCUCUGUCAGAGCUGUUUGAUGGAAUAUCUAAUGAUUUAAAGCUGCUAUAGAUUAGACAAAAAACAUGUCAGUUAUUGAUGAAGAGAAGGGCAGGACAGUAAAAUUCCCCCUCAUCAGUUUAAACAGUGAAGUGCCAUAAAAUCUCUGAAUAGCUUCUUUGCAUAUGGCGCCAUAAUAAGCGUUUUUCAUGUGGAGGGCAGGAAACUGGAGGCAGGUUCGAGGGUUAUGUCUGCACAAAUCCAUCUGACUUGGGGAAGAUUUGGAUCAAAAAAACUACCAUCUUAAGCCCCGGGUCAGCUGAUGUUAACAUUAAAUCAAUGUCUUGAGUUGGUAUUGCCAUGCAAUUACAAUGCCUUGUUAAAACUUUGCUGUGUUUUUUAGCUAUGACCAGGUUUUGUAUUGUGUUUCACCAGACCUCUGGUUGUGGUUUAAAUAAAAUAGUAGCUAAAGGGUACAACCAUGUACCAAGCGUAUUUAAUCACCUGAAUAAAAACAAGACAGCAGUCGUUCUACUCUGGUUCUAAUGUCAUGGAGCCAGCUGCACAAAAAGUAGUUAUAGCUGUUGAGAUUCUUGCUGAUACUGAUUUUACAGGGGGGAAUUUAUCUAUAACCGAUAUGGUGGCCGAUAUAGGGUAAUUAUUUGAGCUGGAAUGAAAAUUUUUGGAUUGUGCACCGAUUUUUCAGCACUCUGCAGAUGUACCCAGAGAGCUACUUUCUCAAACAUAAAUCUUUAUUAAGUAAUAUUUAACAUUGUUAUACAUUAUACAAACAAUGUAUUACAUUGUCAGCUAAUUCUAUAAACGAAAACUAAGAAGAUAAAUAAUAAAUAGGAAUAAAAUAAAUGGCUAAAAAAACAUCAGUACUGUUCAGUUUCAGUCAAUUGCUGACUAUUAAAAAAAUGAAUAAAAAAUAAAUAGCUAACACCAUUUCUAAAUCAGGCCAAACAAAGUUUUCUGCAUUAUAUAUUGUAUAAAAACAGCAUAUACACCGAUAGUGAUAUGCCUCAUCUGUCAGCUGAUAUAUCUGUCGGGCUCCAGUUAUGAGGUCAUUUCUUCUUUCUCCAGUUCACGCAGUAUAUGGUUUCAUCACUUCCUGCCCUCCAUCUGAAUUUCAGGCGUCAUAAUAGUGACGUGAUUGCAAGACAAGCUAUAAAUUGCUGACUGGUGGAGAAUAUGUAUCAGCUAAACUCUAAAAUAACUACAAAAUUAAAUUACAUCCAACAGACAAAUUGUACUUUUGAAACGAGGAUCUGUCCUCGUUUGCUCUUACUUUAAUCCUAUUUUUUGAUUCUGUCCUCGAAUAUAAGCAAUAGGUAGUUUGGGGAUUAAAUGACAAAUCACGGUCAUUUAACAGUGUUUAUAGCAGUGUGCCAUGUCAAUAGAAAAUGCAUGAAAUCAUGAAAAUAAUUUGAAUAAUCAGCAGUGAUAAUAGGAAAUAGUAGAAGUACAGUAGCUUUUAUGUAGAGAGAGACCAUUCAUGACUAUUCAGGUAAAGUUUUGGCACUAACAGAAACAGUCUAAUAUGGCAUUUUAAAAUGAUUUCCACUCACUUGCACUUUUUCUUUAAAUAUCAACACAAACAUUCAUUCCGCAUUGUGCAAUCCUUCCUACAUUCCUGUCAUUUGUUCACUCCUAAUUUAUGUAAAUAUGUAUCUGCAACCCCUGCAGGCUCUUAUCCAGACCAUAGAAUUGGUUAUUCUUCCCUUGUAUAUAUUAAGUCAUUGUCAUAAAGCUUUACUUGUGGAAAACAUAUUGCUUUACUUGUGAAAUCUCAUAUAUCCAUCCAUAUAUAUAUUAAACAUAUAUAUAUAUAUGUGAUAGACAUAUGACUAAAAAUGACAUUGUUUUCCUGUUAAUAAAUGUUAAUAUGAAUAGAGUGUUAGAGAAUGAAUGUAAGAAAUAAAUAUUAGUCUAUAAUGAAAAAAUAUCUAUGAUUCUGACACCAUAAUCACUGAAUAAUAUUGAAGAAUACUCUAUAUAAAUAUUUCAUUCCUCUUUGUGGAAUUGUGUGUUGAGAAAUUUUUUUUUCUUGGUUAUAUCUACUCAAUUAUUGUCAGUACAUUAAAAUGUAUAGAUGAUAACCCCUAGUCUUUGUUCAACCUGGAGAUUAGGCCUGUGUCUUAUUCCACCUCCUCUACCUUUGUGAAAAGAACGUGAGCCUGUGUUUUGUUUGUUUACACGGACUGAUGAAGGAUUAUAUUUUUAUUCAAAACAGUUGACAGUUUUCUGGAAAGUGGGAGCUUAACCUCUUGAAUCUUGUUUCAUUCCAUCGCUAAACUUAGAACUUUUUUCUGAAAACGUUGUGCUUCGUAAAGCUUUGUUUUGCUUUACCGGCUUUUAGUGAUCACAGACUUCAUAUCGAAAAGCAUGGCAGUGUUGUUGAAUGUUAUGUUCAUGUGUGUUGGUAUACAGUGUUAUGAUAAGUAUGUGUGUGUGCGUGGAGUCAGAAUUGUUGGAUGUGUUUUCCAGUAGCCUACUUGUGUUGUUGUUUGCUGCAAAUGUGGCGACGGUCACGUUGUCAUUAAGAUCUCUUCUGAAAGCACAGCCCCCCCCCCCCAGCCCCCUAAAUUCUCUCAGGAAGUCAGAGCUACAUCUGAGAGUUGGAUUGGCUUACUGCUCCCCGGUCUCGCUGUCCUCUGGAAGUCUGCGCUCCAUAUUACAGUUUAAAGACAAUUUGUCUGCUAGGUUCAUGUGUGAGGGGCUCUCUGGAGUGUGGAAAGGUCUUACAGUGGAGAGCCAACACUCAGCAUUCAGUCAGCUGUCCAGGGUUUGAAGAAUCGGCUCCAAUCAAUCAGCAAUAUAAAUGUUUCUGUAGGAUCAAACAAAGUUGUCUUGCUUCCCGUGCAUGAUGACAGUGGGACGACUACCUCUGUCUCUUUUUUUUUUUUUUUGUCAUUUUGUCAUGUUGGAAAAUGAUUGUGAGAUCUACUUAAAAUAGUCUCUGCUAGAGUUGGUAACGUAAUUUAGAGAUUUAAGAGAAAUAAUCAGGAUUUAUUAUCAUUAUUAUUACUAUUAUUUAGUAUUGAAGCAUGACAAAUAAGAAAUAAUGUACAGCAAGCAGUUCACUGUUUAUUUUGCCAUAAUGACCUGCUUCACAGUACAUUAUCUUAUCUUAAUCAUUAGCUUAUUACACGGCUACUUACUAAAGAAAUCAAUCAUUUGGAACAAAUAUUUAUUUAGAAAUUAUUAUUGAUUUAAAAAGGUUUUAUUGCUUCUGUCAAAUUAACAUGGUCCACUGGAUUCAGAAAUAACAGUCCGUAAUUGACCAAUCAGAAUCGACAAAGCUGUGCAAUAAGAAUUUUGUCAUAUUGUCAUUUAAUGCCAACAAACGACUCAGAUCUUAAUGGGUUUUCACAUGCUAGUUGGAUAUAAUGUUGUAAUAUAUAAUACAGUGUAGUUAUCUUUUGAUGACUGAAUUCAAGGCAGUAUAAUAAAAAACAGCAUAUAGCACAGUUAGUGACUGAUUAUAAAAAGAUAAUAAAAGAUCACAAAGUUGGGUUCAAACAACUAAUUUAUGUUCUAUUUCAAGUUUAUUCAUCAACCACUAAAAUUGAGAAUAUUUUCAGUAGAACUCCUGAUUCAAACUUUUUGAAAUUACGUAUUUUAUUUAAUUCUUCUUUAUAAAUUUGGGAAAACUUAAAGGAGUGGCUGGAUUCAAAGCAACAGUCUCCGAGGUGUAUUUCCUGUAGGUACUGCAUGUGCAACCGAAGGCUAAUGUUGUUUUUAUCAUCCUCUUUAUGAUCCUUCCUCUGAACAACUCAGUCAUUUGCAGUUACUGUUUGAACCUAUGCAACUCCUGAGCUUUCUCCCUGUAGCCGCCAGUGUGCUGUUGUAAUUGGUGAAGCCAAGCAGGUAGUGAGAUUUAGUCCUCGAUGUGAAACAGAAGCCCCUCAUUUUCUCUGUUGUUUUGCCAAAAAUGAAAGCUGUCAAUUAUCUGAUACUAUUGAGUGUUUUGAGACGUCUUCAUGGCCCAAACCUGCGUCAGAGCUGUGGUAUCGUGUGCUCCUUCUAUUUUUGUGAGAUAAUUAAAGAAUUAUAAAGGGAUGGCAAAUAAAAUACAAAUGUGAAUGUCAA